GGGAGGCGGGGCGUGCGCUGUGUGGAGACCGGAGGGUGAGGAGCAGAAGGGCUGUGGGAGGCAGGCCGGUCUGAGUACAGCAUGCUUCUGGAAAGAAGAUGGGUUCCACUCGGGUAACUGCAAAGGAAUUAUGUGAAAUUGAUGACCUGGCUACAACACUCAUUCUUGACCCUUACGUUGGCUUCAAGACACAUAAGAUGAACGUCAGUCCACUCCCAGCCAUCAGAAGGAAGCACCAUUUGCGAGAGGCAGUAGAGGCUUUCAGGAAGCGCAAGGACCUUGAAGUCGCAUACCAGACCCUCAUGCAGGGUGGGUGGGCCUGCCAGUACUUUGCAAACCGGAGCCGUCAGCAGGAGGCUGCCUUCAAGACUCAUAUAUUUCGUUACCUUCGUAUUUUCCUUCCUGAAAGUGGUUUUGUCAUCAAGCGCUGUAACCGAUAUUCCCUGGAAAUAAAUGGGGCCCGGGUGGUCUCUGCAAAAUCAUGGAGAAAGAAUGAUAAGUUGGAACUCCUGGAGGGUUACAUUGCAGACCUGACGGAACAAGAUGAGAGCCUCCUGCGGACAGGCGAAAACGACUUCAGUGUCAUGUACUCCACGCGAAAGCAAAGCGCCCAGCUGUGGCUGGGACCUGCAUCCUUCAUUAACCAUGACUGUAGGCCAAAUUGUAAGUUUGUCCCAAUGGAUGGAAGCACUGCCUGUGUCAAGGUGCUGCGAGACAUUGAGCCAGACGAUGAGAUCACAUGCUUCUAUGGUGACGGCUUCUUUGGGGAGAAUAAUGAAUUGUGCGAGUGCUACACUUGUGAAAGGAAGGGGGGAGGAGCCUUCCGCCUCUUGAAUCAGACACCAUCUCCAUCUAUCUCGGACAAUGAGAAAUACCUGCUGAGGGAAACAGAUGGCCGUCUUCAGCGGUGGAAAAACCAGUCAUGCAAGUUGGCGCAGCGCAGUGGGAAAGUAGGACGUAAGACUCAGCGCAGGAGGGCACGAUUACGUGGUAAUUUACGUAGAUCUUCUAUUCGCUCGUACUUUAGGAUGCUAAAGCCUUUAUACAUCCCAGUACAUGACUGUUUGGCCUGCAGUGCGCAUAGGUGUAAGAUCCGCAAGCAACUCCUGGUACGUCUGAUUCGCUGUCCUCUUUCUAUGCUCCCUGCAUCACAGCUCUGGCUAUUGAGAUGGGCCCAACAGGAUUACUCCUUCAUGGAAAAGCACAAUGUGACCUGGUUUGACCGGCGCAGAUUGGUUGUGAAUCUUGGCAAGAGGGUACCCUUGGACUGGAUAGGGUUGCAGACAGACAAAGUAUCUGAGAACGGGGACCAUCAGCUGCACAUCAGCAAUGGGGAUCUUAGCCAGGGAAUUGAGGAGCACCCCACAGGAACUGUGGAGAGCAACACUGAGGUCACAGAACCCCUUGCUUCAGGAGAACAAGCCCUACUCAUAUCUCCAGGCCCUCUUUCCUCUACCCAGCUACUCUACAGAACAAGGAGCAUGGCCAGACGGCAAGCUAAGCUUUUGCCCAAAUCCCAGCUGGCUCUACCAACAGUAGACCCCAAGCUUGCACAGUAUGUUCACGUCAACCUGGAGGGACCCCCCUUAGAAGGCAGGGAGCACUGUGAACAGCCUCCUUCAGACCCACUGGAGAAGGAACAGGUAGAGGAGCAGGUGGAGGAGCAGCCUCCUCCCAAGCAAAUGGUCUCCUUCCCUCCCUUUGUGCCACCCAAACGGCUGCGACUGGUGGUGAGCCAUGGCUCCAUCAACCUUGAGAUGGCGUCUGGCUCCUGCGAGGAUCUCUCUUGAUCUGGCUGUACCUCUAGGUACGGGGAAGAGACUGCAUCUUCUUACUUAUUCUUGAUAAGCCAGGGCAAAAUCCAUAUAUGUUCUUUUUCUUUCAGGUCCCUUCUACACUGCCAUAUAAUCCAGAUUAUCAAACCCACGUGAUCUGAUUUGAACUUGAUUGUAUGAGUCUAUACUGCUAUAUAAUCCAAUUCAUAGCAGAUCAUCUGGAUUUUAUAUGGCAGUGUAGAAGGGGCCUCAGUCUUUGCAUGGGCCAAGAAGCCUUCUCUCAUCUGUUCUGAUGUGACACAUCCACAAAGGGGAAUAAGAACACAAUACUGUGUUCCAUCUUUUCUUCCUUUUUUUUUCUAAUGCAGAUUUUUUUUCCUCCCAGGGUGCUUUCUCCAUUAGUCCCACCCUUGACUUCUUUUGUUUUGACAGCGCAUUCCACAGUCUAGCUAGACCUUAGUACACACCUUUGAAACAAGCCAUAUAACAGGCUGCAUGGAUAUCUGGGAUCACCACCCCGUGUUGUCCUCUCUCUGAGCUUUGCUUUCUGUCCUCAAGACUACGCCUGCUUUCUGACUCUAGGUGUGCCCAUUCUCUGCUUUGUAGCGGUUCAUCCAUGGACUUUUCUACAUACUCACAUGGUGCUUUUGCUGUUUGUCACCCUAUCAAAGCUGUGAAGCUGGCGUAGGUCAUGUGACUUAUGGAUGAAGGAAAUUUGCAUCCAAUCAGGGAAGUCUCUUUAAUCCAUUGAAGAAAACCAGCAACCGGAAGUGCAUAAUUGCAUGGAACCCAAACUCUUUAACCCCUGUAACCUGAUGGCGGCGGCUUGCUUGCUAAACAGGCUUAUUUAGGGAAUUAUACUGUUCCCCCCUCCCCUCCCACCUCUUUUUGGGUGCCUACUGUUAAAAGACAUCUAAUUUUCUAGUUUUUAAAGCCACUUUUGUAUUAGGUCUGUCUUUAUCUCUUCUCUCUGCUGGGACUUUUAAACAAAUGUGUACUGGGAACUUUUUAAGACUCCUUAUAAACUCAAAGCAUUCAGGUUUUUAUAUUUGAUACAGUUGAGGUUUGAUAGUAUCAGAAUAACAGUGCAUUAGACAGUUUUAUGCAAAAAAAAAUCACACUGUAGUUAAGUGUUAGAGAAUGAAACGCUGUAGUUUUGCUUCUCAGCUCUAGUCAGGGGACCUCUUGGCUCAGGGGCAUUGUGGUGUGGCACCUUCCUUUUGCGAGGUGUUGACUUGAGCAGGAUAAAUGCCUCUUACUUGCCUAGUGGUUGCUGUGUUUGGUUUAAAACCACUUGCAGCUUAUUUGCCCACUGCCCUCUCCUGGCAGUGGUUGGGAUUUCUAGCAGAUGGGUCCUAUUGCAGUGCUUUGGGAUCAAACUGCAAGGUUAGCAUCUGGUGCCAGGAGCUAUUGGGUAGAUGGGAGAAUCAUACCCAGCUGUUUUCUGAGAGUGGUUGCUUUGUUUUGCAGUUGGCAGUUUUAUGGAGAACUUGGUGGUGCUCUCUGGAAGUGCAUAGGCAGGAAUCAUAGGAGAGCCUAUGAUUUUAAUCUUUCACUUCCUUCUGUUGAUUUUGACCUCCACCUUGAUAUAUUUCAGUCUUAAAAGGAGCUUCUCCAUAUAACAUUUGAAAGACAGAUGUGCAUAUGGAAGUCACACUAGUAUCUUAAGGCUGCAGUUCUCCGUAUAUGAGGAGGUUAAAUCUUCUUGAAUUCAGGCAUCCUUCUGAGUAACUAUGAUAGCAUCCAGCUGAAAAACUCAUUGAUCUCCGGCUAGAGGAGUCUGUCUUAGAAAACCUUUGUAGUUGCCUGGCAUGCAUUUUAGCUCUGAGAUAAACAGUGUGUUGUAGUUCAGGCCUUCUGCUGUACACAGCUCUGCAAGUAUAGGUGCUGAUUCCUGGGUAAUAAUGUGUGUGUUUGAAAGUGGUUUUUAGGCAAUAGUUUGUGAAAAGGUGUAAGGGCACAGUUGGCAGUUAGGAUGAGCUGUAGUUAUUCACCUUGUCUCAUGUGCAGGGAGCAUUGGUAAAACUUGAUUAAACUUGGUUUAUUCAUAUACAUGAGUGGUUCUCAACCUGUGGCUCCCGAGAUCUUUUGGCCUACAACCCCCAGAAAUCCCAGCCAGUUUACCAGCAGUUAGGAUUUCUGGGAGUGGAAGGCCAAAACAUCUGGAGACCCACAGGUUGAGAACCACUGUUAUAAACUGUGUUUGAACACCACAGUAAGCCACAGGGACCCUGGUUUAUCAGGAGAGAGCAGCAAGGUUGUGUGCCCUCUCUAAUUGUUCCCACUUGCAGCUGAAACAGGUAAAUAAACUAUAAUCUGAAAGCCUGUGGUUUAUUUACUGUGAGAGCGGGUGCUCUGAUUUAUUUCCCUCCCAACAAGUUCCGUGAAAUCCUGGGUGGGUUGGGUCCCAAGGCAACUAACAAUUUAAAAAGCAAUGCAGCUAAAAUGUGCAAAAAGUAAACAUUGAAAUAGAAUUAAACUAAUUAAAUUAAAAGACAACUAUAACAUUAAAAACGGUUACAAACCAUUCUAAGACAACGCAGUAUUCCCUAACCCAUUUUAGCCAACUGCUGGAAGGGCAACAAGGAGAGGUACCUUCUGGUCUCCUUGGGAAGGGAGUCCCAGAGUUCAGGGGCAGCCACCAAAGAGGCUGUCUCUUCCCUCUCCACCAACUGCACCUUUGGUGGUGGUGAGACUGAGACAAGGUUCUGGUGGUUGUUAGGAAAAGAGGCCAAAGAAUUGGCUCUUGUUGGGUGUAGCUGUUUCUGCUGUUAGUGGGAGCAGCCAAAGAGCAUGUGUCAGUAUGUUGCUUGCCCUCAUUGAAUCAGGCAUCCUGCAGUGUCAUUGCUUACUGUGAGGUUUGAACAGGGCCAGUAAAUAUGGAAAGUUUUUCUGAACCCUGAGGCAACUUCGGAAGAAAUAGCCUCAUGGCAUAACCUUCACAGAAACACAGGCUAUCUAAAGGGUACCAACACUGACCCAAUAAAGUAUGUUUAUUAGGAUAACUGGUUUCUACUGUAAUGGCACCAAAAUGAAACCAAA